AUGCAGCGGCCACGCAGCAUUUUGAAGUGCUUCCGGAAAAACGGUCUGUCAAACCGCGAUCUUCUCUUCAGGAGUCGAUCUCAAAUCGGUCGAAUCAAUCGUCAUCAUCAACGGCCGGGUCCAUCAUUUUUGGAUAAAAGCAAAACCUUCUCUUCACAUCCUCAAAACCGCCUGUUUCCACUAUUCGGGUACUCCGGUCUCGCCGCAAUUCCGGGCAAUUGCCAGUACCUCCAGCUUUGCGCCAUGGCGAGCGUCACGCGCAGUGCUGUGCUCCUCCUGGCGCUUGUCGCGAUGGUCGUGAGCGCAACCGCUGCACGGAUGGAUCCUGUUCAGGACGUUGCUGCCUCGGAGGCCAGCCCUGACCUCGAGCAGGAUGCCUUGGAGCUUCCUGGCCGCUCGCAAAUGUAUGGCUGUCCGAAGAUUGCUUCCAGUUGGUGCCAGGGCAGAACGGGUGUCUGCAACCCCAACGACACUGCGCAAUGCAAAUGCGGCUCGCCCCCCUGGGUCAAGAAGCCGUGGGAGUGGACCAUGGGUCGUCUUUGCGACGCCGGGCUGAAGUGUCAGGUCAAAGGGCAGGAUACAGUUUGUGUCCCUAAGUGACUGAUUCCAGAAAUAAGUUAGGGCUGACGAUGAUCAGGGUUGACGGGCUCGGCUUAUGAUAGACGGCCGGUUCGUGUCGGCUAUUAUACAGCGAGUGUUGACGUCGCUUCUGGUAGCAUUUCGUCACAAGAGCCGUCAACUGUGCAAGCUUGGUUUGCCACGUGUGCGCCAUGCAGUCAGUCAACCAUGUUUGUUACGAAGUUAGGGGCUUUGUGUUUCAUCCUUCGUCGUCCAGGGCCGUAAAAAAUGACGUUAUUAGCGCCAAGUCUAGCUCAUGCGAUUCACUACGACCGGACCACUUUAAUCAAGUACAAGUGUUCGGCGG